CACGGGAAGAAAGCCUACCACCUCCUGGUAGCAGAUGCUGGCCUCCGGCCGCCCCCGGCCCCUGUGCCCACCGCAGCUGCCCACCACCACCAGGAGGCCAGGCAGCCACGGGUAAACACGCAGCUGGCGCCACCAGUCUGGCACAAGCCAGGAUGGACGAGGACUUCUCCUCGCAGAUGAAGAAGAUGGCCUUGGCUAUGGGCACGUCCCUGUCGGACAAGGACAUAGAGAUGCUGCCCACAGACAUGAGGCAUCAUGGCUCCUUCAACUACCUCAAGUUCCUGGAGUACAUGCAGCAGUUCCAGGCCUCGGGGCAGCUGGACAGCGCCAUCCGCCAGGCCUUCCAGACCCUGGACAAGGACAAGAGUGGUUUCAUCGAGUGGAAUGAGAUCAAGUACAUCCUAACCACCAUUCCCAGCAGCGGGCCCACCGCCCCGCUGACAGACGAGGAGGCAGAGGCCAUGAUCCAGGCGGCCGACACGGAUGGGGACGGGAGGAUUGACUUUGAAGAAUUUUCUGAAUUGAUCAAAAAGGAGAAAGUGCCAAAGAAGAAGUAGGGUACACCCAGCCCCGGGCCAGGGGAGGGUACCCCACGCGGCAUCGUGGGACAUCUGCGUGGCCGACCAAGGAGGCCA